AUGGCUUCAAAGUUAGUUGAAUAAUCAAAAUUUUUAUGUCCAGAGAACAUAUUGUGUAAAUAAAUAGAUUGUAGUUUAAUGCAUCCAAGAUGUUUUGCUGGAGUUUGUGUUAAUAAUUUAAAUGGAAAUUGUCAAAUUCCCUGUCCUAAAAAGUUGAAACAUUUAAAAAAAGGUGAUUUGAAGGGAAAGCUUUAAAUGAUUACCAUCAACGGUGUCUUUGUAUUUAAUCUAUGUUCAAAUAUUGGGUGUAUAAAAGAGAAUAAUAUUUGUUAUUAUUUACAUAGAGAUUGGAUAAUAAAGAAAAAUAUUUGUGUAAAAUAUUUAUAAGAUAAUGAUGAUUGCGAGGAGUUGUGUAAAAAUGAAUAAAAGCAUAUUGAUUUGGAAGAACUUCGAUAAAAAGUACUAAAGGAAUAUGAAUAUAAUAAUCUAAGUCCAGAAACGAUUAUUGAUGAAGAAAAACAUUAUAAAUGUCUAGAGAAAUAUUGUAUUAAAUAUUUUAAAGGAAUUUGUGAUUCAAAAGGUUAAUGCUCAAAAAUUCAUAUUGAUUGGGAAAAUAUUUAAUAUGUUUCAGCAUAAGAAUUUAAAAGUAAGAAAUUAAUUCCUUGCACUUUAAGUUAAACGCCUUAAAUUUAAAGACUUGAUACUAAGUCAUUUUAAAAGUUAGAGAUGUUUUUUGAGAAAUCAAAACUUGAAUAAAUGAAACGAAAUAUAAAAGAAUAGAAUAUGUUAGAUGUUGUUUUUAUAAUGGAUUGCACAGGUAGUAUGUAAAAAUGGAUUGAUUAAGCUAAAGAAAGUAUAUCAUCAAUAAUAGAAAGCUUUAAUUAAGCAGUAUCAGAAACCUAAAUAAGAAUAGCUUUUAUAGGUUAUAGAGAUUUUAAUGAUAAAAAUCAUAUUUAAUAUCAUGAUUUUACUACAGAUGUACAAUUAAUAAAAUAAUUUAUAAGUACUCUAAGAGCUGAAGGUGGUCAAGAUUCUGCAGAAGAUGUUGCCGGAGCAAUUUAAUAAUCUUUAAUAUUAAAUUUCUCUAAACAUCAUAAGAGUAUAUUAUGUACAUUUUUAAUAAGUGAUGCUCCUACACAUGGCAAAUAAUAUCAUAAUAUUUAAGAUGAUUAUUAUAAAGAUAGUAUUUAAGAAGGAUCUUUAGAAAAAAUUAUGUAAGCUUUAGAUAAAAAGAAGAUUCCAAAUAAUUAUUUUUUUUGUUGUAAAUUAAAUGAUAGUACAGAUAUCAUGUAUGAAACUAUGAAAAAAAACUUUAAGAAUUUAUAGAUAAGUUAAUUAUAAACUUAAGAUUUUGCAAAUUAUGUUUCCAUUUCAAUGAAACAUUCUUACGCAAAUUCUUCAAUUAAUUUUUCAUAAAUAUCAUCAAGUAAAAAAAGAUUCAAUGCUCAUUUUAUUUGGCAUAAACCAAUAGAACCAGUUGAAUGUACUGAUAAAAAUUAAAUGAAUUACUUUUCUAAUUUUCUAACUUAAAUGGGAAAAAACUAAAUAGGAGGAGAUACUAUUCUAGAAAUAGAAAUGAAGAAAAAAUAGUUAAGUUAAAAUGAUUAAGGAUAAGUAUCUUACAUAUAUGAAGCAUUUGACAUUAGAAAUAAUUUGAGGAUUGUCAUUAAAAUUCCAAAAUAAUAUGUUGAUCUUUAUAAUAAAGAAUAAGUUAAUGAGACUAUUCUCAAAGAUGCUCAAAAGGCCUCUUUUGUUAGAUAUAAUUAAACUUUAAUAGCUAAAUAAUUAAGUGCUGCAUAUAGAGCAUAAACAAAAGAUAAUGAUAAAGCUCCUCCAAUUUAUUAUGUUACACCUAUCAAAUAUUAAUUAAGUUCAGAAUUUUUAGGAUUAAAAGAGUGUUAUGCUGAAACAAAUAUAACUCUUGAAGGUCCUUGGGAAAAGAUUUCUAAUAAUACAUCAUUCAUUAAUAAAGAAAAAGAAAAUUAUUCAGCUUUUAGUCAUUUUACAUUUCAUUUCACUAAUAAAAGGUUAUUAAUUACUGAUUUAUAAGGAAAAGGGGGAGUGUUUGCAGAUCCAUGUAUUCAUACUGCUGAAAAAAUUGAAUAUUUAUCAGAUUUAACAAAUCUAGAGUAAGAAGGAAUUUAAACCUUUUUUUAAACUUAACAUAGUAAGUGUAAUCAAAUAUGCUAGAGUUUAUAAUUAAUGAGAAAUGAAGAUAAUAUAAUUGUACCUCAAACAAGAACUUAUUUAACUAUGAAACCAUUUAAUUUUGAAUAAAUUAAUGCUGUUUGUAUUAUUUGUGGUGAUUUAUUCUAAACUACUCAUGAAAACUAUAAAAAUAAUGAUGAUUCUUCAUAUACUUGUCAAGGAUGUCUCUAAGUUAAUGAACUUUCUGAAAUUUGUGAAUGUUGUGCAGAAUAAUUUAAAUUUGAUUUAAACAAGGUAUUAAAACUAGCCUUAGAUUAUAAAAUUUGUGAAUAUUGUCAGAAAAACUGCUCAAAUUAACUAUGUUAAUCAUGUGCUUAAAUAUUAUAGAAGUAAAUUACUUUCUGUGAUUAAUGUAAGAAAAAAAAACAAUGUCAUUAUUGUUAAUCUAAAUGUAUGAAAAGAAAUUUAAGAGAAAAAAUUAUUAAUGUUAAUUCUGAACCAAGAGACUUAUGCGAAGAAGCAUUUAUAUUCUUUGAUAAUCUUUAUUGUUUCAAGUGUUAUGAAAGUUUUACCUUUAAAAAUUGGCCUUCUUAAGAAGAAUAUGUGAAAGGAGAAUAUUUAUGCUAUGUUUGUUAAAAUAAAUGA